AUGACACGUGCGCGCGUGUCCCUUAAUCUCCGCUUUGCCUCACACUACAGGGCUACCAGCAAUACGUCGUCUCAAAGCAGCCUAUGCUUCUGGCUGCUGCUUCUACUCCUGCAUUUCUCUCGCUCGGCCAGCAGCAGGGCCACCGCCGCCAAGGUGUCGGCGUUCAUUGUGUUCGGGGACUCCACGGUGGACACGGGCAACAACAACUUCAUCCCCACCAUCGCGAGGGCCAACUUCCCGCCAUAUGGGCGCGACUUCAACGGGGGCGUCGCCACCGGCAGGUUCUCCAACGGCCGCCUUGUCACAGACUUCAUUUCACAGGCAUUCGGUCUGCCGUCGACUCUGCCGGCCUACCUGGACCCCAGCUCCACGAUCGACCAGCUCGCUAAGGGCGUCACCUUUGCCUCCGGAGCCACCGGGCUGGAUGAUUUAACAGCAAAAUUCACAUCAGUUAUACCCCUGAGCCAGCAGCUGGAGUACUUCGAGGAGUACAAGGCGAGACUGGAGGCCGCAAAGGGGGAGUCCGUGGCCAAGGAGAUCAUCGCUGAGGCCGUGUACAUCUUCAGCAUCGGCACCAACGACUUCAUCCUUAACUACUUCACCCUUCCUGUCCGCCCCGUCCAGUAUACCCCGGCGGAGUACGUCAGCUACCUCGUUAGCCUUGCUGAAGCGGCCGCCCGUGACGCCUACCACCUCGGCGCGCGCAAGUUCGGGCUCUCCGGGCUCCCUCCGUUCGGGUGCUUACCUCUCUCGAGGACGCGGAACCACAGAGAGCCAGGCGAGUGCAACGAGGAGUACAACCAGUUGGCCAUGAGGUUCAAUGCCGAGCUGCAGGACACCGUGACGAAGCUCAAUGGUGACCUCGCCGGCGUGCUGGUGGUUUACAUUGACAUUUACAGCGUGUUGUCUGACAUCGUUGCCAAUCCGUCGGACUACGGAUUCGAGAACGUUGCGCAAGGUUGCUGUGGCACAGGACUCAUCGAGACUGCUGUCCUUUGUGGCUUAGAUGAACCCCUGACGUGCCAGGACGUGGAUAAGUACGUAUUCUUCGAUUCAGCUCACCCGUCGGAGCAGCUGUACAGGAUAUUAGCUGACAAAAUUCUCAAAAGUACAGCGGGAGCAUUCCUGUGA